GUUCCAGCUGCUCAGCCAGAUGCAAAAUCACCGGAGGAACUUGUGGUGUGUCUAUGAGAUCGGAUGCUUCCUGAGCCGCGAGCGGGCGCCAGUUGAGAUUCUGCCUGUGAAGACCAGCAUGCUGCUGGUGUUGGUGGGCGUCUUGUGGCAUAUGUUGAUGUUUUCCUACUGCUUGAUCCUCAACUCCCUGCUGAGCGUGGAUGCAGCCGAAAGGCAAAGUCCUUUAAGGUUCAUUUUAAUUUCGGCGGCAGUAAGUGGUGUUGCAAUCAUCCUCCUUCCGAUUGUGAACUACCUGGGGAUGAGCUUGUUGGACGACAUGGAGCAAUUGCCUGCGCAAGUCGAAACGUUUCGAAUAGAACAGUCUGAAUGCUUCUGCUGCAGCAACAAUCACAAACAUCCACAAACUGGCAAGACAAUAAUGUGUGACAGAGAACUGGUGUAUCACUCCCUAGCAAUCAUGUACUCGUACCUUGACCAAGCAGGAGAACUUGAGAAGUUCAACAGACUGGUUCGGGAGACUUUUGCGCCAAAGGUUUUUUGGCGAUUUGGGUUACUCGGGACACACCUUCCCCUGCGGUACGUGGCGCGUAUCGUCAUGGCCAGCAAUUUACCCUUUUUGUCGGACCUCUUUUGGCGAAUCAGCCAGGGACCAGAAACCCAAAUACGCGACAUAGAGUAUGUGGUGUGGUGUACGCGCUUGAUAUUACAUUGGCUGCAGCCUUUGUUGGCCAUGUUUUUUUCUGUGGAGCUUUCAGCACGAAUGUGGAAGAUGACGAAGAACUUGAAACUUCGGCGGAUUUUCCUGUCAAUCCUGCUUAGUCCAAUACAGGGCUUGGGAGCGGGAUGUAUCUUUGCCAGCAUGGAGCUGGCAGUACGAUGGUCUGCAGACACCAGUUGGGCGCCCUUGGUGCCCUUCUUGCUUGGCCUCCUACUGAACUUCCUUUUACACCUCUUCUGAAACACAUCUGUAGCUUUUGAUGACGAAUCAUGCCUCGCCCUUGCAACAUGUUCCCCAACAGGGCAUUGGCACGGCAGAUUCGUAUCCUUUCCCUUGCACAGGGGCAUGAUUGCGAAAAUUCUUCAGUGGUUUCACCAUGUUUCACCAAUGGCAUAUAAUUUGGUGUUGUAGUUCAAUUCGCGGCACGAAACUUGCUCAGUUUCACAGUGACACAUCAUCUUGUCUUGCGCCAACAAA